AUGCGUUCCAUGCGCUCUCUUAUGGGCGUAGAUCCGGCCCAUGACAAAUUCCACCACUUCGAGACGUCCUGGGUAUUCACCCCGAUUACCCUGGCUGUUUGCCGCGCUAUAAUCUACGUCUAUUGUUUUGUAACCAUCCUCGUCGUCUACGGCUGGCAAGGCACCCAUGGCCUCAACCGUCUCAAUGUGCGGUCCUUCAGCUACUUCACAAAUAUGUCCUUUGUGGGUGUCGCGGUGUACUUCUUAGUCGCAGCUGUUCAUGCAUACCUGUAUGGAUGGAAGGGGCGGUCGGUUCUCUUCGACAAAUGGCCACGAUGGCUGCGCGCAUUGCAUAGCUUGUUUUAUACCACCGUCGUCGUUUACCCGUUCCUCGUCAUGGUGGUAUUUUGGUCUUUUCUGUACGAGGGUCGUUGGUUCCCUCUAACAUUCCAGGCGUGGGCAAACGUGACCCAGCACAUCCUAACGCCCUGCUUCUCCCUCUUCGAAAUCAUCUGCUCAACUGCGCCUCCACCACCCCUGCUCCAUCUCGUCUUCCUAAUCCUCCUCCUCGUCCUCUACUUAGGGGUCGCAUACCUCACCCGUGCGACACAGGGCUUUUUCGUAUAUCCAUUCCUCAACCCAGAUUCCUCUGGCAGAGGCAGCGGCCGUGUGACAGGAUAUGUCUUCGGAGUCGCAGGCAUCCUGGUUCUCCUCUUUGGUUUCGUAUGGGUGCUAAGUUAUCUGAGGAUGCGGUUCUUGAGCAAGAACCGGACAAAAUGGUCGAAAGCGGACACUGAGGCUUGGGCUGCCGUGCAUGAGGGGAAUACUGUGGAUGGUCCCGAGAUGGGAGCGGCUGAAACCCGUCUUGAUGAGGCGAAGUGA